AAUAACAGUCGUGUUUAUUUGUUACGCAAAAAAAUGUCGAACAUUGCGUGUUGGAUGUCUGAGAAAAAAAUCCAAAAAAUCAAUUGGGUUGAGUUUGAAAAAACGUGCAAACAGUACGGUUUUGGCUUAUUCAAGUUGGAUUUAAACACUAGUCUAGAGUCGCAAGGUACGUUCUGUGUUUUUUUACAUAAAUUAACUGAUAUUAUUGCUUCGGCUGAUCAGGGGGACCCUAAGUGUGCCAGUUUGAUUCACCGAGUUGAAGAGUACAUAAAAGCCCACCCAUCGUUGGUCGUACUUGACCCAAUCUCCAAUGUGCGUCAGCUGCUCAACCGAUACAUAUCAUACCGGAAAAUCAACUCAACAAAUUUGCACAAAUUCGGUAUUUUUAUACCGAAUUUCUGCGAACUGAAUUCAAACAACUUGCAAGAGCUUUCAAACCAGUUGAAAAAUUCCAAAGUCACUUAUCCGUUCAUUUGUAAGCCUAGUCUGGGCCACGGGUCAAAAGAGGCCCAUUCGAUGUCUCUAAUUUUCAACGAGAAAGGCUUACACGAUUGCAAAACCCCCUGUGUUGCUCAAAGUUUCAUCAAUCAUAAUGCAGUCUUGUAUAAGAUUUUUAUAGUCGGUGAUAAGCACCAUUUUGUGGAGCGGCCUUCUCUUAAAAAUUUCCAUGCUUGUGAUGACGAAACGAUUCAUUUUGAUAGUAGUGAUGUCUCAAAAGCGGGCUCUCGGAACAGUUUGACGCUUCUAGAACCGUAUGAAAUUGUAGACAAGGUGGAGCCUGAUCCAGAGGUUCUGAAACGGAUUGCUGUGACUUUGAGGGAUGAGUUUGGGAUGGAUUUAUUAGGGGUUGAUGUUGUGAUUGAGAACAAUACAGGGAGGUAUGCAAUCAUUGACAUUAACAGCUAUCCAGGCUAUGAUGGGUUUCCGGAUUUCUAUGACGCUCUUGUGAAUUGUAUUAAUAAGAAAGUUAACUCCAAAUGUAAGAUUGAUAAGUUUGGUGAUAAUUAAGUAAAAAAUACUGCCAAAAGUAACAUUCCAUAUUUUUGAUGAAACGCCAAAUUGAGAAAAAGACAUGAUUUUUGACUGAUUGUGGAGCCAAAGAUCGCUUGUCAAGUAUUGUAAAAUGAACAAUUUUUGUACUUAUAUUGUAUAUAAUUUACUAUUGUACACUGGUAAUUUGUAGCUAGUGGCCUCAAUAUACACGAUAACAUUUGU